UACCAAGUGUAAGACGGUUCGAUAUGACACGCUUCCCUCACUGCUCAUGUCAACACUUCUCUCAGUAACCCGGCAUUAAGUUAUCAUUUUUCCUCGCCACGCUUACCAGAGAUGACGAACACGCUGGAAACCUAUGUGAACCAUCUUGUGUCAGUGAUUACAGCUGAUGGCAGGAAUAUUGUGGGCACACUGAAGGGGUUUGACCAGACGGUGAACUUGAUCAUGGACGAAUGCCACGAACGAGUCUAUUCGUCUCACCGCGGCGUGGAACAAGUCAUUCUGGGCCUGUAUGUGGCGGGCGACAACGUAGCACUAAUAGGAGAAGUGGAUGAAGAUUUGGACGCCAGACUAGACCUUGAAAACAUCCGCGCUGAGCCCCUCAAUGAAUGCAAGACGUGACAUCCUCCUCCUCCUCCUCCUCCUCCUCCUCCUCCUCCUCCUCCUCUCUUCCUCUUCCUCCUCCUCCUUUUGUCAUAUUUUUAUCAUUAAGUUUGGUAUAAUUUAGUGUAUCUUUCUGCAUUUUCCUCCUCCUCCUUCUUCUCCUCCUCCUCCUCCUCCUCCUCCUCCUCCUCCUCCUCCUCCUCCUCCUCCUCC